AUGGGGAAUAGAAGUUCUAAUCAUUAGAAUUAAAAAAUUGGACACGAAGCUAGGUGUCCUAAUUGCGAUCGAAAGUUUGGAUCGUCUACUACUUAUAAUGUUUUGAAUUCUCAUAUAGAUCAAUGUCUCUAACAUGCACAAGUUUAAAACCAAAUGGGAUUUCAAAUGCCUCAACCACAUGUCUAAUUAGGAGACAACUAUAUUUGGAUAAAAUAGAAUAAUAAAUGGAAGAGAGUUUAAUCACAAGUCAAUGGUGGAUAGAUUUAGAAUCUAAAACCAACUGAUGUCUAAAAAAGAUCUUUUGCUGAAAAAUAGGUUUGGUUUAAUAUGCAACUAGAAAAAUUUAGGAUACCUUGGCAAUUGGGAUCGGAUAAACUGAAUGUAAAUCAAAAUGAUUUACUCUCCUCCUCAUUGAAUUCAGCCAGAGGAGUUGAUUUUUAUAAAGAAGUCAAAGUAGUAUUUUAGAAUGAUAAAGUUCAAGAUGCAGGUGGUUUAUUAAGAGAAUGGUUGACUCUAAUUUUCAAGGAAAUGUGUAAAGAAAUAUUUGUUUUAACUGAAACUAAUGAUGUUUCCUAUAAAAUAGCUAGGCAGAGUCUCUACUUUGAUUUGGUAGGCUUGGCCAUAGCAAAGGCCUUAUUUGAAAGGAUGACUAUUUGUGUUGAAUUGGACAGACCUUUAAUUAAGAAACUACUUGGACUUGAAGUCACCCUUUCAGAUAUCGAGUUCUAUGAUAAAGGUCUCUAUCUAAGUUGGAAAUAUCUCAUGGACAACUAAUUUGAUGAGAAUCAAUUGCAAUAAUACUUCAUAAUAUGCAAAGACGAUGAAAUUAUAGAACUCAAAGAAGAUGGAGCCAACAUACUAGUUAACAAUUAGAACAAAUAGGAAUUUGUUGAUUUAUGCAUUUAAUUUUACACUGAUAAACUAAUCUCAACUUAGUUACAUCAAAUUUAAACUAACUUAUACAAAUAUAUUCCAAAUGAUUAUCUAAACAUAUUCACUGCUGAAGAAUUUGAAAUGCUUCUCUAUGGAGUUUCUCUGAUCGAUUUAGAUGAAUGGAAAUAACAUUCCAUUUAUAAACAACCAUAUUUUGAAAACAACUAACAAAUUAUAUGGUUCUGGAAAGUCUUGGCUGAAUUCGAUCAAGAUUAAUUAAAGAAAUUCCUGCAUUACUGUACUGGAUCAUAUAGAAUACCAGUCAAUGGAUUCAGCAAAUUAGAAUCUAAUAGAGGAAUGUAUUCCAAAUUUUAGAUUGUUCCAAUCGAAUAUAAAAAUACUAAUUCAUUUCCAAUAGCCCAUACUUGUUUUAACAGACUUGAAUUGCCAAAAUAUCCUACUGAAGAGAUGAUGAGAAAAUAUUUGAGAUCUAUUGUCUUAAAUGAUCUGGAAGGAGUUUUUGGAAUGGAAUGAAAAAAAUUAAUAUUAACUGUAUUUUUAGUUAACAAAA